AAGCAUGUAUUUACCCAAAGAGUGACCUCAUCUGGCCAAACUAGGCAUCACCCCGAUUCCAAUAUCCCUACUCGUCGCAUACUCGAUGGAGGCGUAUAUUGCAUUUCUCCAUCUUCAUUGUGGUUCUUGCCAUCAUCGAGGUCAUUCAUCGCAUAGCCCUAUGGGCUGAGAGGGAUCAACUUAAUCUCACUUUUGCUCGGUUUCGAAAAUCUGCUUUUGUAAUAUCUUGCUGGGGAUUUAUUAUGAUCCCCAUGUAUUAUCCCUGGCUUCUCCAUCAUGGAUGAAAGCUACGUCGAGGUACCGCCGGCAGCCAACACCACCGGUCGGUCAUCAUCCUCCACCGCCGGUAACGCGUCCCCGGGUUUCGGCUUGCGUCGAGCCGCAACAGUCGGUCAAACUGCUCCUAUACGUCGUCGCUCCACUGCGAACGCUACCUCUCCCACCGCCGAGAAUGGCUUUGGAGACUUUCGAAGGCGUAGCUCCACAUACUCCGACUUCAGUAUAAACGAUGCAAGGAAGGACUUGGAAGCGAGUGCCGACGACCUCCUUAAUCCAAGUAGAUCUGGUAUUCCAAAGACGGAUAAAACUUCGUUCGCGUACAUCCCGCUCACAUUAGCACUGUUACCCGCCGUAGCAGGCGUCUUCUUCGAAAAUGGGAGUGCUUUCUUCACCGACUUGAUACUGCUGAGUCUAGCCGCUAUUUUUCUCCACUGGUCGGUCACGCAACCAUGGGAUUGGUACCAGUCUGCGCAGGAGGUCCGUGUCGUGAAGGACGAGAUCAUGUCUGAGUCGGUUUUCGAAUCUGACAGUGAUUCUGAGCCCCUGUCACCAGCCGCCGAUGGCGCGACCCUCGAGAACGUCCCAGAGGAGACACAAGAACAAGAUGAAAACAAGGCAUCUGCUAGAAAUGAACAGCCGUCCGAUCGACGAAAUCAGCAGUGGAAAGAGCGGCAGGCCGCGGCACUGAAAGAACUAUACUUCCAUGAAAUAGCCGCUUUGGCUUGGUGUUUCAUCUUUCCCAUGCUUGGAGCCUAUCUUUUACAUACGAUACGAUCCCGUUUGACGGAACGUUCUGUAAAUCUAGUGUCUGAUUACAACCUUACGAUUUUCCUUUGUGCUGCCGAGAUUCGGCCUGUUUCGCACUUAAUUAAGAUGCUCCAAGCGCGAACUCUACGCGUCCAACAAAAGGUCACGAGGAACCCUUACGAGCGACAACGUGUCACAGCGGAACAGUUUCAAGAGCUGUCAGCUAGACUAGACGAACUGGAAACACGUGGACUUUCUACCAAUACGACGUCGAAUCCUAAUGGUGGAUUUGAUGCUCCUCAAUCGAAAUCCAUCGAAGCAGCGGUAUCGAAGGAAGUUCGCAGCAACAUACAACCGGAGCUGGAUGCUUUGAACCGCGCUAUGCGCCGAUAUGAAAAGAAACUUACUUUACUGGCCUGCCAGACGGAUAAUCGGAUCGAGUAUGUGGAUUACAGACUCAACGAUGCCAUUGCACUAGCCGCCGUCGCUGCUAAGAAUAGCAAUGCGCAAUGGGGCUUGGGCAGUUGGUUCAUCGAGAAGUGCGUCGCACUGAUUUUAUUUCCGGUUCAAGCGGUAGUGGCUGUUUUCACCUUUCCUUUCCGAUCGUUAUCGAAUCUCUUUAGUCGCAAGAGCAGGUCCUCUCCCGAAAAGACACAGAAGAGUAUACGAAAUGGGAAAUUACCCGCUCGAAACAGGAGCGGCUCGGAUCGUGUACCUACACGCAUGUCCAGGAGGUAGGGUUGGUUAGAUGUGUCACGAAAUUACGGGUUGAGAUGAAGAAUAUUACUAUGUAGGUAGGGAUGAGGAUUAGGAACUAGGUAAUAAGCACGGGCUGGUCGGUGAGGAUGGCGCAGGUAGCGGUCACGAGAAAGCGGUAUCACUUGGAAUGGCGUUGUACCGCAGCCAGUCACAGCUCAGUUGCGUCUACCGCGAGAAGCAUGUAUUAUAGUAGUUGUCUCUUAAAGGAGACCAGCCUCUCUUCAAAUUGCAACAAGAAAUAGGAAUACUGGCGAUAGCAUCGUAAAUUUCAAUUACGAAUGAAUCUUUUCAUUUUAUCGCAAUUUACGACGUGA